GACUCGUUUUAGCGCUGCUCUCAGACUCAGUGGCAACAAAUGUAAAUAUGUACAUCUUACGAAAUUGCAUAAAUAGGACUCUCUGCGACUGAAACGAAACGAGAAAGCCAAAUCAAAAAAAAGUUCUCUCACGCUCUUCGUCUCUUACCUGCUUCUUCCUUCUCGCGAAUAAACCCUAGAAACCGCCAUUGAAGUUGGUGUCGCAGACCUCGGUGAAACGUAAAGGCAAAAUCUUUGCUUCUUCCUUCAUUUUCUUAACAAUCUUUUGCUCAAGAUUGGAUUCUUUGGUUAUAUGCUUAUGUACUUGGCUAGAUUUAAGGAUCUUGAGUUUGGCAUUUGAUCUUUAGAUUCAGGGCAUUGGUUAACUCUCUGAACCAAUGGAUCCUGCUGCACAACAUUCUGCUAAAAUGCUAGGGGAUGGAUUUGCAGAGAACUACUAUAAGACCUUGCAAAACUCCCCGAAGCUUCUCCCUCGCUACUAUAAAGAUGUCAGUAAGAUUACACGGCCUGGACUUGAUGGAACGAUGCGUUCCUCUACCCUACAGGAUAUGAUUGAGGAUCUUGAUAUGCUAUCUUCUAGUGAUUUUGAUACGGUUGAGGUAACCAGUUUCAUCUCCCAAGAAUCUCAUAGUGGGGGUAUCCUCGUCGUUGCUGAUGGCUACUUCACUUCACAAGAGAGACCUGCAAGGAACUUCACACAAAACUUCUUUCUUGCUCCCCAAGAAAAAGGCUACUUUGUUUUGACUGACAUGUUCAAGUUUGUUGACAUCAUCUCCGAGGCUAAUGAUGCGAUAACUGAAGGUGCAGCCAUUUGCGUUAAAAAACUUCCUCCUGAUGCAACCAUUACCUUAGUUGAGGAUGCAUUUAAGCAGUUUGGAGAAAUUAGAAGAGGUGGAGUUGAAGUUAGGCACAAAAGGAGCUUUUCUUAUGGCUUUGUGGAGUUUAAGGAAGAAAGUGCCGCCCAGGCAGCAAUAGAGGCUUCUCCUGUAAUGUUUGAUUGGCGUAGCGUUUACGUGGAGAAGAAGCGACCUGACUAUAUAGGUUACUGGGAAACUCCAUCCCCUGGACCAGGAAUUAUAUACAGAAGCGAGGAAAUGAGCGUAACAAAAGAUCCUGGUAAUAAUGAUGAAGAAUCACUGAGAGUUUAUGAACCAGAGGAUGAUGAUACUGGAAAUGAGAAUAAUCAAGAGUCUCAAGCGUUAUAUGAGAGUUGUGCAGUUCACGUUAGAAACCUUCCUCCAAAUGCAACCACUGACUGGGUAGAGAAUGCAUUUGAGCAGUUUGGACCAAUCAAAAGAGGAGGAGUUCAAGUUUUUAACCCUGGUUUGGACGAUUGGUUUGGUUUUGUGUGGUUUGUGCACGCAGAUGCUGCCGAGAGCGCAGUAAAGGCAUCUCCUCUAUGGGUUGGUCAGCGAAAGCUUAAAGUGCAGAAGAAGCUUCGGCGAGUGCAGGAACAGAACUGAACCUGACUAGUUAUGUAGAUAAUAGCCUGCAAUUUACAUUCACAUAUAUGGUUUUAGUGAUUUUUACCAACUGACUGUUCAGUUUUGGUUAUUGGUAGUGACAACAACGUUCAGAGAUAUUAGGAUUCAUUGAAAGGUUUUUUUUUUUUUUUGGUGUUUUGCAAUUAGACUCAAAGAAACUCGUUAUGAUCAAUAGAUGAACUUACUGAAUGUUUUGUGAGUAGACCAAGAAGUUACAGUAAAAGAAAACGAAUGUAUUGGUUCCUUUAGUGGUAUCAAUGG